AUGGUCCACGUUGGAAAAAAGAUGCCAAAAUGCCGGGACAUGCCCAUCGGCUCUGCACGAAACUCAUGGUCGCAGAUCUCCCGGGUGAGAAAGAUAACCAACCUUCCACGAAACGCCAUUCCCGAGGACGAUCGUGAGCGCCAACCGCGAGCCUCACCGAAGCCACCAACGGCAAGAGCCGAUGUAGGCGUCACUAAGGCGUUCAAGACCAGCCAGGUGGAUCCUUGCGCGCUGUCACAUCUGGACCGUAGGAGCCGCCUUGCAUGA